AUGGACUCUUCACUGUCCAAUGCGCAGAAGAUAACACUACCAUUCGCACCGUCGAUGCUCAACUAUAUCGACAAGAUUUACAGCUCGUUGACUUCGAUGAACCAGCCCAAUUUCUUGACUGAUGUCCAACGUGAACCAAAGGGCCAGGGGUCAACCACCAAAGAGCACCCAGCUCCACUGGCUACCCUAGCUGCGUUCUACGAGUACUUGGCAAGCCCAGAAGCUUCUGCAAUGCGAGCUGCUACUCAGAUGGACCUCUCAGCGCCCAUUACGGACUAUUUCAUCUCCACUAGUCACAAUACGUACUUGACCGGAAACCAGCUGUACAGUGAAUCUAAAGCAAGUGCUUAUACCAAUGUCCUACUUAGUGGCUGCAGAUCCGUCGAGAUUGACGUUUGGGAUGGAAAAGCGGAGGGCUUCCUCGGACAUCACAAGCCAUCCACGAGUAGCGGAAGCUCUGGUGAAAGCAAGGCGUCUGGUAGCGCGAUUCCGGUUCCUGGUAAACCAGAACCGCGAGUGUUGCAUGGCCAUACGCUUACUAGGGAGACGAGCUUUCGCGAAGUCUGCUAUGCGAUUCGAGACAGCGCGUUUGUUGCAAGCGACCUUCCAGUCAUUGUUAGUCUGGAAGUUCAUACCUGCCUGGAACAGCAGCAGACAAUGGUUGAGAUCAUGGAAGAAGCAUGGAAGGGGAUGUUGGUUGAGGUGACUCCUGAACUUGAAGCCGGGACAGUUCCGCCGCCGCCUCUAGCGGACUUGAAGAGAAAGAUCCUGAUCAAGGUGAAGCAUGUCGAAUCCGUCGACGAAGGCGGUGACCGUGAGGCAAAGGAGAAGGCAGUUUAUACCCAGCACAUGGAAGCUUUGAAGCAACAGAAAAAUCCAUCAAAUUCGGUCGAGGCUUCCAAGGGUUUCGAGUCUCCCGAGUCUCCCACUGCAGCUCCGCACAAGCCCUCUAAGAUCUUGCAGGCGCUCAGUAAACUGGCCGUGUUCACGAAGGGGUUCCACUUUAGCAACUUUGCACAGCCAGAGGCCAAAGUCCCCAGCCAUGUGUUCUCGUUAUCCGAGAAGGCCGUGCGGGAAGCACAUGCCACCGAUGGAGACGCGUUGUUUGAGCACAACCGGCACUUCUUCAUGCGCGUCUACCCCAAUGGCUUGCGAGUUGAUUCCUCCAACAUGGACCCGACCUUCUUCUGGCGGCGUGGUGCUCAGAUGGUCGCUUUGAACUGGCAAAACUUCGACAAAGCUAUGAUGCUCAAUGCAGGAAUGUUCGCAGGGGAACAAGGUUGGGUUCUCAAGCCCCCAGGAUAUCGCAGCUCCGAUGCACAGCCCGGAAUCAUUGAGCCUCGUCGACUGGAUCUGACCAUUGAGUUUCUUGCCGGCCAAAACAUCCCACUGCCCCCGGGCCACACCAACGAAAACAAAUUCUACCCCUUUGUAACUUGUCUCCUGCACGUGGAAACUCCGGAUGACAGUUUCGCAGCAGCAGAUGACGACACCGAAUCCGAAAAGACUGGAUAUAAGCAUUGCACGAAGAGUGUUACCGGAGUGAACCCCGAUUUCGGCGGACAGAAGAUGGAGUUUGCGACCGUGUCGGGCUUCCUCGAUGAAUUGACAUUUGUUCGGUUCAAAAUCAAGGACAACGAAUGGAUGCACAACGCGCUGGCCGCAUGGGCGUGCAUUCGACUGGAUCGCCUGCAAGAAGGUUAUCGGAUCAUUCACCUGAAUGACAGUACUGGGGCGCCGACAGAGGGAGCUCUUCUCGUACAUAUCACGAAGACGUACAGCUAA